UGGAUCCCUGGCGGUGAGUCACGGACGAGACAUAACCAGUAAAACAAUAGCAUCAGUAUCACCAUCAUUGUCUUCUUCAUCGUCCUCAUCUUCUUUAACAAUCUCAGGGCUAACUUCGUCUUUUCCAUCUACAAAGGCAGUGGAUCUGCAAUUGUGAAAAACCCUACACAACCCAAUCAAGAUGCACCUGCAACUACCACAGGUAUGUGUUGCAAUUAUGCAUGGAAAUAUAUAGGUUGAGUCGUGAUCAUUAGCAGACAGAAACGGCUACAUCAAUUGGAUGUUGGUUUUGGAUGUUUGGAGAUCUUAAUGGAUUAUUAGCGGAGAUUUUGUUUGAAUUUUCCUGAUGUGUGUCUGGCCUCUGGUAAUACAUCCACACUCUGGUUUUUGCUUCAUGAACGUAAAUCUGUGUUUUUGGUGUGAUAAUACAAUUCUGUUCUAAGGGAAAGUUUGUGCCCAGUUCAAUGAGAAGUUGUUAUCAGUUGAGUGUGUCUCCAUGAGAGAGGUGUGUGUUUGUUUGUGUGGAGUGUGAUUAUGAAGGUGAAUAAUGUGUUCGCGGAAGAUGAAAUGCGGUUCAAAGGAAGUGAUUUUAGUUGUUUGCUUGGCCUAUUCUGAGUGCUAAAUCGUUUUCUUUUUAGGUUGGAUGAGACUGAACUUCCUUCCUAGUGGGGCAUUUUUAAUACCAAAAAGUUUGAGUAGGAGAGAGAUAAACAAAAAGAUAAGCCUCUGGAACAACUUGAUUCACUGGAGAUAUUGUGUGAUAGAUAUUUCCUGAAUGUGCUGUCUGAGUCAAAGAUCUGUAUUUGCUAUAUCUAUUAAGCACAAAUGAAAGGAGGACAUAUUUAUAGCUUUAAAGGGAGGUUUAUUUUCCUGCCUCUGGUUACUCUUGUUCUCUUUACCACAUUAAUGUGGACAUGGGAGAGAAAUCCAUUAAUAGCUAUGACUUUAAGAUCAGCUCAAGAGUGGUACAACUUACCUCCAGCGGAAGCCCCUAUUGAAUCUGUGGGAACCGCAACACUGGAAAAGGAUGUGGAAAAAUCCGCUACUCCCAGCACAGAAAAUAGAACAAAAAUUCAACUUGAUACUCAGGUUGAGGCAACUGUGGAUUCUAUACCUGCAGACUCUCCAAAAUCUCAAUACAAUCAAAAUUUCACUCCUUCCAGAGGUACAGGAACUCCAACACUGGAAAAGGGUGGGGAAAAAUCCAUAACCCCAACCACAGAAAAUGGAACAAAACUUCAACUUGAUUCCAAGGGUGUGACAACUAUAGAUUCUAUUCCUGCAGAAUCUCCAAAAACUCAAUACAAACAAAAUGUCACAGCUUCUUCUAGAAGUAAAGUUUGUAAUAAUUAUGCCAAGGGUAAGUGGGUUGCCGAUAGCAGGAGGCCGCUGUAUUCUGGGUUCAACUGUAAGAAAUGGUUAUCCUCAAUGUGGUCAUGUAGAAUAACAGAACGACCAGAUUUCUCAUAUGAGGGAUAUCGCUGGCAACCAGAAAAUUGUGAAAUGCAAGAGUUUGACCGGUCUGCAUUCUUGAGAAAGAUGCAGGACAAAACAAUUGCUUUCAUAGGAGACUCGUUGGGCCGGCAACAAUUUCAAUCUCUAAUGUGUAUGGCCACUGGUGGGGAAGAGAGCCCAGAGGUUCAAAAUGUGGGGUGGGAGUAUGGUUUGGUAAAAGCACGUGGAGCUAUUCGUCCAGAUGGUUGGGCUUAUAGAUUUCCCAAGACUAAUACCACUAUAUUAUAUUAUUGGUCAGCUAGCUUAAGUGAUUUGCAGCCCCUUAACAUCUCAGACAAACUGUCAAACGUUGCCAUGCAUUUAGACCGUCCCCCAGCUUUCAUGAGUCGGUUCCUCCAUCGCUUUGAUGUUUUGGUUCUUAACACAGGACACCACUGGAACAGGGGGAAGCUUACUGCGAACAGGUGGAUAAUGUAUGUUAAUGGAAAGCCAAAUGAAGACAAACAGAUUGAAGUAAUUGCAAAUGCCAAAAACUUAACAAUCUACAGUAUAGCCAGAUGGCUUGAUUUGCAACUUGUUUCGCAUCCUCGGCUCAAAGCUUUCUUCAGGACUAUAUCUCCUAGGCAUUUCUUCAAUGGGGAUUGGAACACUGGUGGAAGCUGUGACAACACUAUCCCUUUAACCAAUGGAAGUGAGGUCAUGCAAGAAGGGUCUAUUGAUACAACUAUCGAGGGUGCUCUAAAGGGUACAAAGAUUAAAAUACUGGACAUAACUGCCCUUUCGCAAUUGAGGGAUGAGGCUCACAUGUCGCGCUACAAUUUUAGAGGAACUCUUAAUUCAAGCGACUGCUUGCAUUGGUGCCUACCUGGUAUUCCAGAUACGUGGAACGAACUCCUUGUUGCUCAGAUAUAGGCUGUGUCAUACUUAGGCACCUCUCCUUGCUUACAAAUGCAUUAGUAAGAUGUUUAGGGCACCAGAAUCUGUCCAUCAUUUAUGGUCUAGGAAGACCAAUUAUUUGUUUCGUCCAAUGAUGUAUUUCAUUUAUUGUUUUCUCACCAAAUAGGAAAAGUGGGGAGAUCGUACAGGCCCAUUCCAUUUUCAUUUUAUGAAAGAACAAUUAGCUGAAACUUAUAUAUAUGUAUGAUUUGGACAGAAUCGAGGACGAACAUAACCACACGAGGUAUGAGCUAUAAAUACCAUAGGCAUGACCAAAGUUGACAUGGCCUUUAUUCAACAGUUUGAAAUGAUUUUGUAUUUUCUAUGGUGGUAUUUGUAUUAUAAUUAGUUUCCAUUUGAGUAGAGUGAAAAAGAAAUAAUCAUUGGGACCAGUAGUAAA